CUUAUGUCAAAGAUGACGUCAUAUUUUGUGUUUUAAUUACUUUGAAGUUGGGUUUUUAUUUAUUGUUUGUUGAUUUUGCAUGGCACACAGAAUAUUUUGUAAAUCGAUGACUCCUAGAAAAGACAUUGCUCUGAAUGUGAAUACAUAUAUUGAAAAUUAUGCGCAAUUUAUGUAUAAAAACAUGACUGAAAAUAGAAAAAGAUCACGAGAAGAAGACACGUGCGAAUUCAUGCCUCUUUCAAAAAGGAUAAAUAAUUUGCACAUAAACAACAACAUGGCUAGUCCAUCCCUUUCCCAAUCAUCUGAUUCUAGUCAUAGUAAUGGAGUAAAUAUAGAUAAUAGUAAUAUUUCGACACCUAAUUCAUCGUCAGAUACAGAAAGAAAUCCAAAUUAUGACCCAGGAAUAAGUUCUUCCGAGAGCAGAUAUUACUAUGAAAAUAAAUUAUUAUUUGAAUUGCAUUUAGAACGAAUACAAAGAACUGGACAACAGUUUCCCUUUUAAUUAAGUACUAAAUAGUGCAUGAGAUGAAAUGUGUACCUGUUUUGUUAUGCCUUCAUGUGUGUAUUAAUCUUUAUUUUUAACUUAAUAAAUAAUUUUCGAAUUA